AUGAUGGUUCCUCCUGCACCACAGAUUGAAGCGGCCUCACCUCAGCAACAGGUCCACAUGCAAAUGCAACAUCAGCAACAUAUUAUUACUGCUCAGCAGCAACCAUCGUCUCAACCACCGCCUCAGCAUAUUCAUUCACAACCAAUACAGGUACAAGUGGUACAACAGCAACCACAACAACAGCAGCAACACUACCAGAUGCAUGAAGCGCCUGCUCAGAUGGAACAUCAACAGAUGCAAAUGCAUCCACAUCCACAAAUGGGGAUGCAGCAGCCCCAACAAAUUGUGCAUUCUCAUCCACAACAUCAACAAAUGCCAAUGGUUUCAUAUAGUUCCAGGUGGCUCCAAUGGAAAGAAACUGACUCCGCUGCUGCCGUAGAACCCAUGGAUGACACGCCUGUUCAACAUCCAGAAGAAGAGAUGAUCCAAGUUCGACAAUUACAAGAAGGAGCAUUGGAUAGUGCGCUUCUACGACCACCUGAUAUUAUGAGCCGGAUCACUCAGUGUAUGAACGAGAUGUGCUAUGUUGAUGAAGAGGUUCUUGUAUUGAUAUCUGAUGCAGCCGAAUGUCGUCUUCGGGAGAUUAUAGGAGAGCUUACUAUUCUUGCAGAACAUAGAAUGGAACCCUUGAGGUUAAAUCCAAACUAUGGGCCCAUUGAUGAUACGCGACGUCAACUACGUUUUCUUGAAGACAUUGAUAGACAGCAGGAAGAACAACGAGAAAACCGCGAAAAGGAGGCAUUAAUACGAAUGAGUAAAAGCAAGGGCAUUGCAAAGGAUACGAUUGAACGAGCCAAGGAAAUGCAACGUGCAGAUGCUGAAGCCAAGCGAAAUCGUGAUGCAAACGCUGCUGCGAUUGCUGCUCUUAGUAGCGGUAGCAAAGUUGCUAGACCAAAAUGGGAUCAAGUAAGCGGCGGUGGAGUUUCCGGGGCGGUACACCGUCCUCGUACAGUACGUGUCAAUAUUCGCGAUCUUCAUGUUCUUGUCAAUAAAGACAGCAGAUUUCGCAGAUCUCAACUCGCUCAUAAGCUGGCUCUCAGUGGACCACCAAGUGAAUCACUUUGA